AUGUCUGUUCUGUCGUCCUCGAAUUCUCAUCAUCAAUCAUCAAUUAUUUGUUUUCUUCUUCUCAGUCUCUUCACGACCAGUUUCCUGUUUCAUGUAACGUUGGAGGUAUAUGCUACUCCAAUAAGCUUUAACUUUUCUGGUUUUGAUUCAAAUCAUCCUGAAAUUUUUACUGAAAGAGAUGCUUGUGUGAGCAUUGAAGGAAUUGACCUCACCACUAACACGCGUGGUACAGAUCAAGGUAAGAGAGUUGGUCGAGCCACAUAUACAAACCCACUGCACCUCUGGGAUAAAGUGUCAGGGAAUCUCACCAACUUCACUACUCAUUUCUCCUUCAUCAUCAACUCAAACGGUGAAUCCAACUAUGGCGAUGGGCUAACAUUUUUUCUUGCUCUGAAUGGUUCUAGAGUUCCUCAAAAUAUGGAAGCUGGUGGUGGUCUUGGUCUUGCCAUCAAUGACAAUGUUAGUCAUGCAUUGAACUACGCAGAAAAUCAGUUUGUUGCGAUUGAGUUUGAUACCUAUAAAAAUCCCUGGGAUCCUUUAAAUGAUCAUGUAGGUAUAAAUAUCAGGUCCAUGAAAUCUGUUGAGCAUGUUUCUUGGCUGAGUGAAGUAAGACAAGGGAUCACAACAGAUGCUUGGAUUAGAUAUGAUUCAAGCCAGAAAGUUUUGAGCGUCAAAUUUGCUCAUAUUGAUCGUUAUAGCAACUCAAUUGUAGAGGGAAAGGUAUCAGCUGUGGUUGAUUUGGCCAAGCAUUUACCUGAAUGGGUUACUUUUGGCUUCUCUGCCAGCACUGGACUUUCCAAAGAGAUGAACAGAAUCACAUCAUGGGAGUUCAAUUCAAGCUCCGACAUUGUAGAACUGAAUACCACUCAGUCUGAUCCAGCAGGCACUGCGAAUAUCACACCUGCAGCUAAUACUGGCUUACUUUCAAAAAAAAGCAAAAGUAAAAUUAUAGGAUUGGUGGCAGGAUUAAGUGUUGGAGCUUGUGUUUCGAUUGUUGGAGCAGGUUUUGCUUCAUAUCUCUUAAGGAGAAAAAAACAACUUAAGACGGAUGAUCCUGUCUUUGAUUUUGCAUUUAGUGAUGAUUUCAAAAAUGGGACAGGACCAAGAAAAUUAUCUUACAAUGAAUUAGCAGAUGCAACGGAUAAUUUCUCAGAGGUAAAAAAGCUUGGUGAAGGUGGAUUUGGAGCAGUUUAUAGAGGUUUUUUGAAGGAAAUAAAUUCCUAUGUGGCUGUUAAGAGGGUGUCAAAGGAGUCUAAACAAGGUAUCAAAGAGUACGCGGCAGAAGUGAAGAUCAUUAGCCGAAUGAGGCAUAGGAAUUUGGUCAAGCUCAUGGGUUGGUGCCAUGAAAGAGAACUACUACUUGCAUACGAGUUCAUGCCCGGUGGCAGCCUAGAUGCUCACCUUUUUAAAGGCAAAAGCCUAUUGAAAUGGGAGGUGAGGUACAAAAUUGCACAGGGAUUGGCAUCCGCAUUACUAUACCUACACGAAGAAAGUGAUCAGUGCGUGCUGCAUAGAGAUAUUAAAUCAAGCAACAUUAUGUUGGAUUCCAGUUUCGAUGCUAAACUUGGGGAUUUCGGGUUAGCUAGGCUUGUUGAUCAUGCAAAAGGGUCUCAAACCACAGUUUUAGCAGGAACAAUGGGAUACAUGGCUCCUGAAUGUUUCACUACAGGAAAGGCAAGCAAGGAAUCAGAUAUAUAUAGUUUUGGAGUUGUUGCAUUGGAAAUGGCAUGUGGGAGAAGAGUGCUCGAACCAGGAAUCGAAGAAAACCAAACAAGACUAAUGGAAUGGGUUUGGGAACUGUAUGGAAUUGGAAAACUUCUGCAAGCAGCUGACCCCAAACUUAGUGGAGAUUUUAAUGAACAAGAAAUGGAGAGACUGAUGAUUGUUGGACUCUGCUGCGCGCAUCCUGACCACGCUUUUCGGCCUUCCAUAAGGCAAGUUAUCAAUUUAUUGAUUAGUUCUGAGGUUCCCUUGCCUGUCCUGCCACCAGAAAUGCCUGUGCCAGCUUAUCUUGCUCCUCCAGUUAAACUAUCCAUGUCAUCAUCUUAUAGUAGUGCCAGCAGCAUCAGGUCAAUCCACAAUUCAAGUAUGCGGCUGAUUCAUUAAAAUCUAUAUCACCUUCUGGAGCAUCUU